ACCCUACCGCGGGUGUUUUCGGAAUAUAAGAACUGGUGAUUCCAAAACCUUCUCGUCCUCCCAGAAGUUUUCAGGGUAUUCUUUUUUUUUCUUCAGUAUACAUAAAUACGUCGUCGGCGGUGAAUAGGUUAGUCAUCAGAAGUAAAGAACAAUGGCGCACCUUGAAUCGGAAUCUUCUUUCUUCCCUCAAACCUCUUCUCGACUCCCAGACGACACCGUUUUCUUCUCAAUCUUCCCCGACGCCUCCCUCUCCGCCUCAGGAUCCGAACCCUCCGCCGCUCUCCAAUCACUCCACCUCCAAAUCAUCGACUUCCUCUCCCCCUUCACUUCCCCCUACAUAUGGCAGCACGAGCCCUUCUCCCUCUCAAUCUCCCUCUCCCCCUCCGCCUCUUGUCCUUGCACCGAUACUCCUCUCCCUCAUCUCCACGGGAAGCUCAAGUACGGCGACAACUUAGAGGACGAAUGGUUCGCAGUCUUCCUCCUCUUCCGCAUCUCCGCCGCGUUCCCGUCUACUUCCAUCCGCGCGUGGGACACCGACGGCGAGUUUCUCCUCAUCGAAGCCGCUUUCCACCUCCCUCGCUGGCUCAACCCCGAGACGAGCCGCAACCGCGUCUUCAUCCGCGGCGGCGACCUCCACAUCGUCCCGCGCAGCCGCCUCCCGGAUCCUUCCUUGCUCGCCUCCCUGCGGUUUCUCCUCGAGCGCGGGGGUAGCGAGUCUCGCGCGUCGGAUCCGGUUCAAACCGCGUUGAAGAACCGGGUCUCCGGUUAUCCCGAUAGAGCGUGGAGGAGUAUGCAUCGCGUUAGGGUCAGAGUCCCCGUCUCCGUGGCGCACGUGCUGAGGCACGAGCCUUUUUUAAUCUCCCUUGCCGUUGAAGGCUUCUACGACCGUGACGUGGACUCGAUGAAGCACGCAGCGAAGAUGGAGAAGUUUUUAAACAGCAGAGAAGAGGAGCACGUGGUUGUUAAUGUCAAGAUGUCACGUGCGAUGUACGCUCAGCUCGUGCAGCAGAAGUUUCAGGCGCCGAGUUGUUACCCGAUGCCGGGCGUUAGCGAUCGGGAGGCUUACUCUGAAGCUGAGAUAGGGAUGAAGAUCGCUUGCGGUAUGGAGAUGAUGUAUCAGGAGAGGAAGAAGGAAGGUGAAGAUGGGAGAGGGAGUGGUUGGAGCAAGUAUAAGGAGAAUCUCGAGAAGAGUGGCUAUUUUGAAGGUUUGCUUGCUGGGUCCAAGGAGUACAAGAGGUUGAUGGAGAACGCUGAGGAGUAUUAUCAGAAGAGUUCGUCUGUUUCAAGAACAAGAGAGAUUAUGAGUGCGCCUGUGAGACGUAUCGAUGAGAUUCUUGCUUUACCUUACUCGGAGGAUGACUUCAAGGGUCAGGAAGUUGCUGUUUCUGAUAGUGAUUCUUGGCUGUACGAUGGUGAAGAUGAGUUGAACUCUGUUCUUCAAGAGAGGCAGAAGGAGAUGGAGUUUUAUAACGAGAAGAAGGAGAGGAAACAGAAGGGGAAGGGGAAGGAAGAAGGUGGAAGCUCGUCUGAUGCAAACGUGAAUAAUUUUGAUCUUGGUGAUAUCUCAAAGUCGAUGGAACAAUUCAUCCAGAAGGUGUCAAGUUACAAAGGAGCAGAAUUGCCACAAAACAGGGAUUUUAAAGAAGUGAAUCUAGAUGUGGACCGUUUCAUGAAAGAUAUUGAGUCAAUGCUAGGUGGUCAAGAACAAGAUGAAGAUGAGAGUGAUGGUUCAGAAGGAUCUUCCAUGGACAUGGAUUUUGAAGAUGAAAGUGAAGGAGAAGAUCCUAACGAUGAUGAGAAGGAAGCCUUUAUGGAGUCCUACUCUGGAGCAAUGAAUGAGGAGCUUAAGAACUCAACUCUUGACAAGAGCUUUGAACAUGUGAAUCAACAUUCUUCCAAGCAAAACGGGGAAUCUUCAAAGACUACAGAAGAGAAGGAAGAUGAUGAUGAUGAAUUUACACCAAUUGAUGCAGAUUUCAACUUGGUUAAGAACCUACUUGAAUCCUACUCUUCACAACAAGGUCUUCCUGGUCCUGCUUCCAAUUUACUCGGCCUCAUGGGUUUGCAACUUCCAAAGGACUCCAACGACAAGUAGUGAAAUGAAGGUUUUAUAUCUGAACAAAGCGUAUAAACAUGUUUGAAAUUUACUUUGGUUUACUACUUUACGAGAUCUAUGUUACUGAUUAUAUAACGUGUACAACGCUGGGGAUCUUGUGUUGUCGGAAAUAAGCACAUGACAUGUGAUUGAAGAAAGAAUCAAUUAAACAGAACCUUAUAUA